CCUGAAUCCAUUUUAUUUACUUGUCCCUGGUAAAUAACUAAUCGAUAACAAAAGUGAAGCUUAUUUAUAGCAAUUAAACAAUAAAAAUGGUGGUACGAUCGUGUCUCCUUCCUCUCUUUUAUAUUCUGCCAUUGAACCAUCCCAUCUUUUGGGAUCAUGCAAAAACCAGUUCUGUUAGUCUUGCGAAUUAACUGAGAAUGAUAUUACCUAAGAAUUAGAAUAGAAGUCUUCGACCCAUUCUAAUCCUGGAAGAUGGCGGUCGAAGAUGUCGUCCAAUGGGUCGACCAAUUUACCGAUCUCAUCCAACAGUUCCCGCUCAAUGACAUUGUGUUCCUCCUAUAUCCUCUCAUACUCACCGUUGUAGGGGGCUCGUUGCUCUACUUCACUCACACCGACUACUGGGACAAGCCAAAACGAUACACCGUCCCGGCUCCCAAGAAACCCGACGAUGUUAAGAUACUCGAUAACCCAACUAUUAAAGUCUCAGGCACUACCGCCAUUCAAUGUUACAUGCCCGCUACCGGCCAAUUCCUUGGCUUCGUAAACCCUUCUACUCCCGCCGGCAUCGAUCGCGCUAUAGCACAGGCUCAAGCCGCCCAGGAGAAAUGGGCUAAAACAACCUUCAACGAGCGCCGGAAAGUUCUGCGUACCAUGCUACAAUACGUCCUCGACAACCAAGAGCAAAUCUGUCAUGUCAGCUCCCUCGACUCGGGAAAGACCAUGGUCGACGCUCAGCUUGGCGAGAUCUUGGUGACGGCCGAGAAACUACAGUGGACCAUCAAGCACGGCGAAGCGGCUCUGCGUCCGAGCCGCCGUCCGACGAACCUGCUCAUGAGUUAUAAGAAGAACACAGUACACUACGAGCCAUUAGGCGUGGUGGCCGCGCUCGUGAGCUGGAAUUAUCCGUUCCAUAACUUGAUGGGCCCUAUUAUAAGUGCCAUCUUCGCGGGCAACGGCAUUGUCGUCAAAGUGAGCGAGCAGACCUGUUGGAGCGCGGCAUACUACACGAGCAUUGCGCGCGGCGCCCUCGUCGCCCAUGGCCACGACCCUCAACUGGUCCAAAGCGUCGUGUGCUGGCCCCAGACAGCCGGACAUCUCACGAGCCACCCCGGCAUUAGCCAUCUGACAUUUAUUGGGAGCCGGCCCGUGUGCCACGCCGUUGCCGCUAGCGCUGCCAAGACUCUUGUGCCGGUGGUCGCCGAAUUAGGUGGCAAAGACGCCGCUGUUGUGCUUGACUCCGCGGCCAACGACCUGAAUAGAAUUGUCGAUAUCCUCAUGCGCGGCACCUUCCAGUCCUCGGGCCAAAACUGCAUUGGCAUCGAGCGCAUCGUUGCGACGCCAGGUGUCUACGACAAACUUGUCUCGAUGCUCGAGCCCCGCGUCAGCGCCCUACGGAUGGGUCUGGACAAGGACGUUGGCGCCAUGGUCUCUGAUGCCUCCUUCGCCCGUUACGAAAAACUGAUCGCAGACGCUGUGGCAGACGGGGCCAGACUCCUCGCUGGCGGAAAACGCUACGCACACCCUGACCACCCGAAGGGCUUCUACUUCACCCCGACGCUCAUCGUCGACGUAACCCCCGACAUGGCCAUCGCGAACGAAGAGUGUUUCGGCCCCAUCAUGACCAUUCUCCGCACCCCCUCCUCUUCCGCCUCCGAUAUCCUCACCGUCGUCAACGCCCCCGACUUCGGCCUCGGCGCCUCCGUCUACGGCCGCGACUCUGACCCCGUCCUGCGAUCCGUCGUCCACGGCAUCCGCGCUGGCGGCGUCGCCGUCAACGACUUCGCCGUCUUCUACGCCGUGCAGCUCCCCUUCGGCGGCGUCCGCGGGUCCGGGUACGGCCGCUUCGCCGGCGAGGAAGGCCUCCGCGGCCUCUGCAAUCUCAAGAGCGUCUGCGAGGAUCGCUUCGCGUGGCUCGGCAUCCGCACUGCCAUUCCCCCGCCUGUCAAGUACCCCGUCCCCGACCAGGGGCGCGGGUGGCGGUUUACGAAGGGGGUUGUGGGGAUGGGGUAUGCGGUUACGAUUGGAGGGAAGGUAAAAGCGCUGGGGGAUAUUUUGAGGAAUAUGUGAGCUAGGUAUCUAGGUGAGUAAACAUGGGAAAGGGGCGAGGGGAAAGGGGGGAGGGGAAGAGGAAGAGACAUGAAGACGACGCAUGGAAACGAAUGAAUGGAUGUAUGCAUAUAUCCAGGCGCCUAACCUGUAUCAUAUUGCAUCUACUAAAGCGGCUGCGUAUAUACC